ACGUAUGGGGACCGAUUUUAGAACUUUUUCAUUCGGAACGUUGACUUUGAACAGUUACUACGUUGUAGGGAUUCCUAUGAAGAUAAAGUUAAUAAUUCAAUAAAUCACAGAAAACGUUUUGACGCUGAUUAUUUAAAAAUUAUACACUACAUAACUGUGCUUUGUUUACCUGAACAUGUAAGCAAUUCACCGCAGAACGGACACAUUAACUAUUUCAAUCACUUACACGACGCCUGGAGCAGUGAACAACAACUCUGCAUGGAGAUUGUAUCUAUUCAUCAGGACCAAGAGCGUGUUCAGAUACAUCCACUGUGAUGAGGCGAAAACCUGGCAGCAUCAUAUAUGAAUACGUGCGCUAAUUACACGAGUUUUACAAUUGCAUUGGGGCAAUAUCUAAUCUUAUAGCUAAAUGAGAGGUGAAUGGAGCUUCAUUGUUUAAUUGCUUAUUAGUGACCGAACUGCAGGCAAACGGACAUCAGUUGAUAUUGGCAUUCGAAAUAUGUGCCUUGUGUAGUUACCAAAUGCCAAAUGGCUCGACGUGGAUUGGAUUUCAAUGUUGAUGUUUAUGUUUAUCUACCGUCUGGAUCAUUCAAAUUUAUCAAUUUAUUGCGUAAAUCUAUCUAACGUGGGAAAUAGUCGAUGUUUCACGAUAUUGGUUUACUUUUCGGAUGAUUACGUAGAUAACCGAUGCAUCACGAUUAGACUUUUCAAAUAAUGUUUCGACUUUAUCGCCGUCAUCACAAGAGAAUGGUUCUUGGAGCAGCAAUAUUUGCUUGUUUGCUGGCAUUCUUGAAUACUUUCUACGGGCAAGAUAAUGAAUGGACAUCCAACUUUCCAAAAGCCGCGGCUUCAAAGGGAAUGAAAAGACGUACUACCGGAUCUAACGGUUAUGCUUUAGCCCAAAUGGUUCGACAAAGGUGCAUACAAAAGGGACACAACUUCAACGUCACUGACGUUCACGUUUCACUGUUAUACACGUCAUCGGAACCACGUGUGGACUACUGUCCUUUAUGGAAAGUUGGAACCACUUUCCUCAAACGUGUUUUUAUGAUUAAAAACCUCGAGUUGUAUUCGAAUAUAACAAAUCCAUAUGACAUAAGUUUCUUACAGACAUACAAUGCGCAUCGGGGAGCAAUCAUUACCAAUUCACAAGCAUCUCAAAAGUUCGUGUUUGUUCGAGAUCCGUAUCAACGGUUACUUUCUACAUAUAUCGAUAAGAUUCACGCACCCAACUCGAUUUACUGGAAACGUAUCGGCAUACCAGCAAUUAAAAAAGUUCGAAGUAACGCAUCAAUACAUAGUUUAAAUUGUGGACAUGAUCUGACCUUCGAAGAAUUUAUUAAGUAUGUAGCAAAAGUGAUGCCUCGUUAUGAACGAGCGCCCAGCAGACAAAAGCUUGGUGUAAAAGAUUAUCAUUUUGAGAAAUAUACAAUCCUGUGCAAACCGUGUAAAAUUGAAUACGAUUUUGUUGGGAAAAUGGAAUCCUUUGCUGAAGACUCAUUGGAAUUGGUCAAGCAAUUGAACAUGCCAAAAAUCGCUGAGUUAAUGAUUGUAAACGGAUCCAACAUCUAUGUAGAUGAUGCAAUUAAAGACACUGCUUUUCAACCAUUCAGUCCUGAAUUCAAUAACGACGUUACACGUUGCAUGUCAAAGAAAACGGCCCUAGAAAGGGUAUGGACAAAACUACAGUUUCGGGGUUUGAUUGGUAACACAAAACUGCUUCUUGACGAAAAGCGUUUGUCGUCUAUGACAUAUCCAGAAUUUUUACAAAUUGUUAUGGAUGCUAGAAAAAAGUCAGACAGUUCCGAACGCAAUCAAUUAAAGAAAAGGCUUUUUCGUGAAACCUACAAAUCCGUAAAUCUCGAGGACUUGUAUAAAGUCAGUGCAAUAUUUCAGGACGAUUUCGAUUUAUUUGAGUAUGACAGGAAUCCAAGUCGUCUGUUUCAAUAACAUCUCAAUUAUUAUUAGGAUUAUUUGGGAAAAAACAUUUUGUUUUCAAUUGAAAAAUACCAUUUUUUACAUAAAACGUUCCUAUAUAAUCGUGUAGCGAUACAAUUGUAUUUUGUGUGAAGGUAUUGUAAACUUAGAUUUGUAUAGUAUGUAAAUUCAUUAAUAUUGGACAAAUAACAGAUUAAACAUACAUGUAAUAAUAUA